CUCUGCUUAUUCAUUCAUUCGUUCAUUUCUUAAGUUUAUUAUAUUAAAUUUUUAUUUUCAUUAUUUUUUUCAAAUUCCAUUCUAUUCAUUUUUAAUUGUCGUCCAGCAAUCUAAUUUUAUAACCGAUUAAAUCUGAUUUUUUGUUCUGUUCAACCGCUGUUGUUGCCGGUUUUGUUUGAGUUAUGAAUUUUUCUUGAUCUGGAUUGGACCGAAAACAAAAUGACCGAAAAAUAUCGAAACACACCCAAAGGUCGUAUUGCGCCAAAUGGUUAUCGUUUAUGUGAUCCAUUACCCGAAGGACAAAUUUUACUUGAUAAUGAAAAAAAACAAUGGGUUAUCGGAAAACCCAUUGGUCUUGGUGGAUUCGGAGAAAUCUAUCAAAUCCAUCCGAAAGAUUCUCCAUCCAAACAAUGUGUCAUGAAAUUGGACAAUAGCAAAGGUCCAUUAUUUGUGGAAGUAAAUUUUGUAUUACGUGCUUGUCAAAAAUCACAGAUCCAGGCCUUUAUGGAAUCUCGUAAUUUGUCGUUUCUAGGAAUACCUCGUUUCAUUGCUUCAGGAACCCAUAAUGGUAGUUAUCGUUUCCUUAUUAUGGAGCAUUUAGGUGAAGAAUUACAAAAAGUUCUCGAAACUAGACGUUUAAGUGUAAAGACAACUUGCAGGAUUGCCUGUAGAAUAAUGGAUGCACUUGAAUAUAUUCAUGAUCAAGGCUAUAUACAUGCCGAUAUUAAAGCGCAAAAUAUUUUACGUUCGUUAAAGACAACAACAACCGAUAAUGAUGUAACGAAUAAACGAAAAACUGGCAAACGAACAAUGGAGGAUUGGUCCGAUAUUGAUGAAGAUGACAAUUAUUAUCUUAUUGAUUAUGGCCUUGUUGAAAGAUAUACAUUUCAAGGUUCACAUAAACCAUAUGAACCAGAUAAACGUAAAGCUAAUAAUGGUACAUGUGAAUUUCGUUCACGUGAUGCACAUAUCGGUGUCAUAUCACGUCGUAGUGAUAUUGAAUCGUUGGGUUAUAAUCUUAUACUCUGGUUCUAUGGCCGUCAUCCUUGGGCUAACAUACUUAAAGAUGCAGAAAAGGUAUUGGCUAAAAAAAAUUGGGCCAUGUCAAAUAUAGAUGAUUUUCUCAAAGAAUCAUUCAGUGGUAAAACAUUUGUUAAUGAUGAAGAAUCGAAUGAUUCGAAAGCCUCGAAAACGCCAUCAUCCAAAUCAAAAUCGAAUGCCAAAAAAACAUCAGCAGUAGCAGCUGUUCAACAACAACAGGCAAAGAAUAACAUUCCUAUAUCAACUGUUGUGCCAAAAGGAUUUAAAAAUUUUUUCGAUGAAAUCAAUCAACUAUCACAUGAUGAUCGUCCUAAUUAUGAAAGAUAUAAAAAUAUUUUACAAGAUAUUGCCCGAUUAAAUCCAAAAACUGGCAAUAAUAAUCUAUCCAAUGAUAGUCCGAAGCGAUCUCGAGCGGCACGAUCGAAUAAUAAACAAGAAGGGCCUAAAAAAUCAAACAAUAAAACGACGAGUAAUAAAAGCAAAAUCUUGUACACUAAUGACAAUUCAGAAUGUCCAUCCAACACUGAAAGUGAUGAUACCGAAAUUGAAGAUGAAGUAAUCGAUACAAGGAUAACAUCAUCAAGAACGACGAGAACGCAAACGACAAAAGCAAAUCAAAAACUAUCGCCAACAAAACGAACGAUUAAAAAACAAUUAAAAAAUAAGAAAGUUUUACCAGAAUCACCUCAGACACCGAAAUCAGUGAUGAAUCCACGUAGAAAUCUUCGAAACCGUAGGAAUAAUAUUUUUGAUAUUAGUCAUGAUGAUGAUGAAUUGGAUUCUAUUAAUGAAACAAAAAAAUCACCCACUAAUUGUAAUGGAAUGAAUACUCGAAAUUUACCACGCUAUUCGACGCCGUUAAUAUCAUUCACCCCGUUUGAUGGUGAUGAUCCAUUAUUUGGUCCAUUCGAACCGGAAGAAAGCCUUAACUAUGUCACUAAUAAUGGCAACAAAAGAAAUCAAACGCUCAGAUCCACACCCAUUAUAAAUGGUAAAAUAAAACUUGGAUCGAAAAAUAUGAAUAGUAUGAAUAGUAUUGUCAAUGAUGAAAAUGAAACCGAUAAUACUAAUAAUAACAAUACUAAUAGAAGAGUCAAUCAAUGUCGAAUCUAUAUCAAUAAUCAACGGUGUCGUUCACGGAAAUCAUAUGAUGAUGAUGAUUGGAAUCAAGCAUAUCAAAUUGUGCCGGAUAAACAUAAUACAUCCAAUGAUAAUGGUCCAAUCAUGAAAAUAACCAAUGGUAAAUCAUCCAAAUCAACUAUAACAAUGACAUCAACAACGACAACGACAACGACAACUGCCUCAUCAAAACCAAAUAAUUGUAGUGCUAAACGUAAUGUACAAAAAUCGAAUAAUGUUUCAUCAAAAUUUGUUACACCAAAUACCGAUAGUGGUGUAACAGAAACGGCUGCAAUGCAACGAAUUCGAUUAAUGUUGCAGAAUAAGAAGAAAAAAUGAUUGUCAUUCAAUUCAACUUUUUAAAUCAUUUCAUCAUUUACUAUUAUCAAUCAAUAAAAUAUACAAACAGAAUUCGAUAUCAUUGUAUUUGUUUUUUUACAUUUGUUUGUAUUUGUAUAUUGAAUGUGUUUUCUUUCGUGAUGAUCAACAUGAUGAUAAUGGAGAUGGAUGGAUCAAUCAAUUUGUGAUGCGAACCAUUUUUAAUGGAAAUUUUUUUUC